AGAAUGGCGUGAUAUUUUUAAGCGAGCUAUUAACCCUCUGCAUGCGCGCACACACAUACACAAAAACGUGCACACAUGCACUUGCAUGCACAUGCACAUGCACACACAUGCACUUGCAUGCACAUGCACAUGCACACACAUGCACAUGCACGCACAUGCAUGCACAUGCACACCAGCACUCUAUCACCAAUCCUUUCCCGCCCACAAUUGCAAGGAUCAUGCCAUUUCACAUAAGAAUGUAUGAUUAGUUCAGUUGUUGAUGUAUGUCCAAAAAAUGAAUUGCACACUGUGCAUGACCAUUCGGAAUGGACAAACUAUUUUCUCCUUUUCUUCACAAAUCUCUGUCUGCCACUUCUGUCUUUCAGUUCCUUAUCUCCAACGUGUCUUUGCUGUAAGCUGCUAUAUUUAAGCAAGCCUGAACAGCAUAUGCAGUCAACCAAAAAAAAAGAAAGAAAUAAUAAUCAUAAUUGGUCGGUGUAUAACACUACCAGUCCCAAAAUGCAAGGCGGAGGCAUUUAUUUCCGGGGUUGAUGUUGCCAGGGGAAGGUGUGCGCCUGGGACCUGUUGGAAAUGACGAGAGAAGAAAUCGGAUUUAAAGACAGAAAAGAAAAACAAAGCCUUGGAGAUAGGAAGUAACUGCUAACCUGCGAGUAAAGGGUGUCCUUUUAAUCCAUGGAGACCCUGAUGAGCGCGGUGGCCCCGCGGCCUCCGGCCCCGGUCAAGCGGACGCCGGAGGUGGACUUCCGUUCGGGAGCGGUGCUGGAGCAGCUGUCCGCGCAGGUGCUGGAGCUUGUGCAACUGGAGCAGGGCGAGUUUGGGGACCAGACCGCGCUGGAGGUCCAUACCGCAAAGGACUACAUCUUCAACAUGCUCGGGCUUGUCCAGAAGGUGGAUCACAGGUUACCGGUGGCCAAUGAGUACCUGCUGCUGUCGGGCGGGGCCCGAGAGGGGGUGCUGGACCUGAACCCGGAGGACCUGGGCGACUACGCCCGGGGCGCCGACUUCGACCUGGACUUCACCCUGCUGGUGCCCGCCCUGAAGCUGCACGACCGGAACCAGCCGGUGACCCUGGACAUGCGCCAGUCCGGACCCUGCCACUCCUGGCUCAGCCUGCGUCUGUGCGACCCGUCCACGCUGGCCCGCUGGAGCCUGUGCUGCCAGGAGGAGGAGGCGGGGCCCGAGGAGGGCGGGGCCUCGCCGGGGGAGGAGGGGGAGGAGCCUCCCGGCCCCGCCUCCAUCCCCUCUCUCCAGCCGGCCGGCUCGCUGGACGGCUCCUACUUCUCCCCGCUGCUGGUGGCCGACUGGUUCUGGGGCGUGGUGGGGCGGGCGGUGGCGGAGCUGCGGAGGAGCCCGCAGCGGGGCACGCCCGUCCCGGAGCGGGUGGAGCGCAACGGGCCCCUGACCACGCUGAUCCUGACGGCGGGGCGCAGCCGCGUGCUCUACGACCUGCUGCCCGUGGUGUCCUUCCGCGGCUGGCCCGCCGUGGCGCAGGGCUGGCUGACCGCCAACCACUUCUGGGACGGCAAGAUCACGGAGGAGGAGGCCAUCAGCGGCUUCUACCUGCUGCCCUGCUGCGCGCCCCUGGGGGGCCGUCCCGACCGCGAGUGGCGGCUGGCCUUCUCGCGCAGCGAGGUGCAGCUGAAGAAGUGCGUCCCCUCCCCGAUGGCGCAGGCCUUCCAGGCCGCCAAGGCCGUCAUCGCGCGGCUGCUGUCCCGCCCCCCCCGCGCCGGGCUCAGCCCCUACCACCUGCGCACGCUGCUCUUCUGGGCCUGCGACCGGCUGCCCCCCGCCUACCUGGGCGCGGCCGAGCCCGAGUCGCCCGGCCGGCUGCUCCUGGGGCUGCUGGACGACCUGGCGCACUGCGUCCUGGGCAAGCACUGCCCCAACUACUUCCUGCCGCAGUGCAACAUGCUGGAGCACCUGUCGGACGGCGCCGCCCUGCUGGUGGCCCGGAAGCUGGCGCACCUGCGCUCGGACCCCGCCGAGCACCUGCGGGCCGCCGUGGACCAGGCGCGGCAGGCCGGCCAGCUCAGGAGGGAGGCGGCCGGCAGCAACGGCCACGCCCCCUCGCCGGGCCACUCCCCCGGCGCCGGCCCCGGCCCCGCCCACCAGGACGACCGGCUGGCCCAGCGGCUCCAGCAGCUGGUCACCGAGAACCCCGGCAAGUCCAUCUCCGUCUUCCUCAACCCCGACGACGUCACGCGGCCGCACUUCCGCAUCGACGACAAGUUCUACUGACGCGCGGCGGCGGCGAGGCCCGGAACGUUCUACGGAAGCGCUUAAUGCCCCAGAGCCUGGAAUCAGGGGCUCUUUAAUGCCCCAGAGCUUGGAAGCGGGGGCUCUUUAAUGCCCCAGAGCUGGAUGUGGGGGCUGUUUAAUACCCCAGAGCUGGAAGGGGGGGGCUCUUUAAUGCCCCAGAGCUGGAAGGGGGGGGCUCUUUAAUACCCCAGAGCUGGAAGGGGGUCUCUUUAGUGCCGUAGUGAAACGCUGUAAAGGGGCGGGCUGGUGGGAGCUGGGCUUCCCCGCGGUGCAGCACUACAGCGGGGGAAUCGGAGAGCGUUUCUUUUCUCUUUUCUUUUUUCGGGUUUUUGUUCCUGUGAUUGUGCCGGGCGGCGUUCUGAAGGAGGCUAGCGCAGGGGCUCGUCCAGCUGCUACUUCUGAGGCUGCGGUAACGAGGCCCUUUAACGGGUUUCCUCGUUACGAGAACGCAGAGACGUUUUUUUUUCGGCUGGUGCUUCCGAAGAACCGGAGCCGCGAGAUGAAAGGCGGGGGGGUAGGGGGCUCUCUCUCUCGCUCGCUAACGGGCGAGUCCGUCCCGCGCUGCCCGACCCACGCGAUCUCAGGCCUGUGCGGUAACGGGAUGCCCCCCCCGCGCCCCGCCCCCCCCCCCCGCCCCAGGCCUGCCGCUCACUGAGCCGCUCUCCCCGCUCCUGAAAGGAGGGAAACUGAAGCACUUCAGACGGCUGCUCGGCUCCUCUAGCACAGCGGCCUGUUACAGGCAGGGUGAUGAGAGCCAUAAUCCUUCUGAUGUAACUGAAUGUAAGGGGCGAGCGAGGGAGAGUCUCACAACGAGGAACCUGCCUCUCGCUCUCUCUCUCUCUCUCUCUCCCCUCUCUCUUCUUUCUCUCUACUCUCUCUGUCUCUCUCUUUCUCCUUUCUUUUCUUUCUCUCUUCUCUCUCCCCUCUCUUUUCUUUCUCUCUUCUCUCCUUACUCUCUGUUUCUCUCUUUCUGCUUAUAUCUCUCUUAUGUCUCUUGCUCUGUUUUUGAAUCUCUCUUUCCCUCUGUCUCUCGGUCUCUCUCUCUGUCUUUUCCCUCAGCCUUACUCUCUCGUCUCUUCUCUCUCGCUGUCUUCCCCCUCUCCUUUCUUUUCUUUCUCUCGCUCUCCUCCUCUCCUCUCUCUCUUCUUGUUCUCGUUCUCUCUCUCUCUCUCUCUCUCUCUCAGUUCAAACGCUUGCACACCAAAGACAGGCCACAGUGGGCCGCUCUCUGUCCACACGCUGCUGUGCUAAUGAGCCUGUUCGCUCUGUGUGGCCCAGCAGGGCUUCCGUACCCGAUGCCGGCGUCGGUCGGGAGGCCUUGAACCCGCGCUGCCCGCGCCUGCCUGUUCCUGAAGCGUUGCCGGGGGCAACCCGACACGCCCCCACCCCCAUCCCCCCCCGCGUGUGCGAAACGGAAUCCUCCGGCUCAUGCAGCCCGAUCCAACCUCCCGCUCCCCAUUUCUGAAUUUAGUCCUAUAAAAAUUUAGGCUACACAGAACCGCCUUUUUUUUUUGUUACCCCCUCUUUCAGCGAGUCUGCGGAUCUAACUUUGUACCAGAAACAUUUCCCUGCGCCGCGUUUUGCACUUGUGAUUCCUGUACGGGUCGUUUAGUAACCAAAAAAAAAAAAAGAAACACAAAAAAAAAAAAAAACUAUUGCACACCAACUCUGCAGGGCUCCUUCUGCCUGAAUCAAACUGAAACAUGUCACUGAGCGCCCCCUGCUGGUGGGAGUUUGUAAGCCCAGCGGCGCUCCCUGUCACUAUCAGAGGAA